AUGAGAAACCAGAUACUUGCUAAUGCAGCUAAUGCAUCAGGGAGUUUGCCUCUCCCUACCACAGACAAUGAGAAAAAAGCUAAACGACCUUUGUAUCAGAAAAAGAAGUCAAAAGCAGUACCCAAUCAUGCAAAUGGUGUGGCUCCUGUGAACCCAGUGGAAAGCAUAGAAGAAGAGGAAAACCAGCAAGACACCGUUCCUGAGCUGUACUCUGUGGAAUUUGACAAGGUUGAAGAGGUAGAAUCAGUGGACCUAGAGGACAAAUCUGAAGUUGCUGAAUCUGUUAAAGAGAAUGGAGUCGAAGAAGAAGAAGAAGAAGAUGAUGAAGAAUGGGAUGCAAAGAGCUGGGAUGAUGCUGUUGUUAACCUUUCUCUUAAAAGUGGAUUUUCUGAUGAAGAGGUUGACUCUGAGCCUGAACCUGUCGUGAAAAAAGACAUAAAGAGUGCAGGUUCCAAGUUGGCAGUUUAUGCCCAGAGAAGCAUUCCUUCUCAACCAAUAAAAUCUCAGGAUGCUGAGAAUAAGAAAAAGCAACCUGAGAUUGAUGCUGAUAGAAGUAGGAAGAAAGAGGCUACUGCUAAAAAAGAAGCACCAAGUUCAGAUUCUGCCACUAAAGAGGGUGAAGAUAACCUUCGUUCUCCUAUUUGCUGUAUUAUGGGCCAUGUUGAUACUGGUAAAACUAAGCUGCUGGAUUGUAUCCGAGGCACAAAUGUUCAGGAAGGUGAGGCUGGAGGUAUUACUCAGCAGAUUGGCGCAACAUAUUUUCCUGCUGAGAACAUCCGUGAGAGAACUAAGGAACUGAAAGCUGAUGCAAAGCUGAAGGUCCCAGGUUUAUUGGUAAUUGAUACCCCUGGGCACGAGUCAUUCACUAAUUUGCGGUCACGGGGUUCAGGUUUAUGUGAUAUUGCCAUUUUGGUUGUUGACAUCAUGCAUGGCUUAGAGCCUCAAACAAUAGAGUCACUCAAUCUUUUGAAAAUGAGGAAUACGGAAUUCAUUGUUGCAUUGAACAAGGUGGACAGACUCUAUGGGUGGAAAACCUGCCGCAAUGCACCAAUUGUUAAGGCAAUGAAGCAACAAACUAAGGAUGUGCAAAAUGAGUUCAAUAUGAGGCUCGUACAGAUUAUCACUCAAUUCAAGGAGCAGGGGUUAAAUACUGAAUUGUAUUAUAAGAAUAAAGAAAUGGGAGAAACAUACAGUAUUAUACCUACAAGUGCCAUUAGUGGUGAAGGGAUUCCAGAUAUGCUAUUACUGUUGGUUCAAUGGACCCAGAAAACUAUGGUUGACAAACUUACUUACAGCAAUGAAGUGCAGUGUACGGUUUUGGAGGUUAAAGUUAUUGAAGGCCUUGGGACAACAAUUGAUGUUGUAUUGGUUAAUGGUGUGCUUCAUGAAGGAGAUCAAAUAGUUGUUUGCGGCAUGCAGGGACCUAUUGUUACUUCAAUUCGAGCUUUAUUGACACCACAUCCGAUGAAAGAACUUCGUGUGAAGGGAACUUAUCUGCAUCAUAGUGAAAUUAAGGCUGCACAGGGUAUCAAGAUUACAGCACAGGGUCUUGAACAUGCUAUUGCUGGCACUGCUUUAUAUGUGGUAGGGCCUCGUGAUGACUUGGAAGAGGUGAAGGAAGCAGCUAUGGAAGACAUGAAGUCAGUCUUGAACAGGAUUGACAAGAGUGGUGAGGGAGUUUGUGUACAAGCAUCUACUCUAGGCUCCUUGGAAGCAUUGCUAGAGUUUUUGAAGACCCCAGAAGUUAAUAUUCCUGUUAGUGGUAUUAGCAUAGGCCCCGUACAUAAAAAGGACGUCAUGAAGGCCAGUGUAAUGCUCGAAAAGAAAAAGGAGUAUGCCACCAUCCUGGCAUUUGAUGUCAAAGUGACACCAGAGGCCCGGGAAAUGGCAGAUGAUUUAGGUGUGAAGAUUUUUAUUGCUGAUAUCAUCUAUCACUUAUUCGAUCAAUUUAAGGCCUAUAUUGACAAUCUCAAGGAGGAAAAGAAAAAGGAAUCUGCUGAUGAAGCUGUCUUUCCCUGUGUGCUCAAGAUUUUACCCAACUGUGUUUUCAACAAGAAGGAUCCAAUUGUGUUGGGAGUUGAUGUUCUGGAAGGCAUUGCGAAGGUUGGGACUCCAAUUUGUAUUCCACAAAGGGAUUUUAUUACUAUUGGGCGAAUUGCAUCCAUUGAAAAUAACCACAAACCUGUUGAUAUAGCAAAGAAGGGGCUGAAGGUAGCCAUUAAGAUAGUUGGGACAAAUUCUGAUGAACAGCAAAAGAUGUUUGGUAGGCAUUUUGAAAUUGAAGAUGAACUUGUCAGUCAUAUCUCAAGGAGGUCGAUUGAUAUACUAAAAGCGAAUUACCGGGAUGAGCUAUCAAUUGACGAAUGGAAGCUGGUUGUGAAAUUGAAGAAACUUUUCGAGAUACCAUGA